AUGGACAGCACCACGCUGAAGCAGUACCUCACGGACGACCCACCGACGAUCGUGAAUCUCGCCAUUAAGCCGCACUUCGAUGCUCUGUCGAAGCACGAGAAGAAGGUACCAUCAUCAAGUAGAGUAGAUUGUGCAUCCGCAGGGCUGACUUGUCGUGGAGUAUGCGCAUUACAUCUCUAGAGGUGCAUGGGCUGGGACUCGAAUCAAUCUCCGCCAGGUUAGCCCGGAAUCAGAGCCGAUCUACGACUUCAUUCUCGCGUUGCACAAAAACUACAAGGGCGAUUGGAAGAAGCUCCAGGCAGACGCUGGUGUAUCCGCGGAGGAUGUCAAGCACUUCCUGAGCUAUGCUGCGCAGUUCCUGGGCAAUUCUGGAAAUUUCAAGUCGUUCGGAGACAGCAAAUUCAUUCCUCGAGUCGCUGUAGAGAAGCUCGCCGCAAUUGCUCACACGACACCGGAGGCCGCAAAGCUCUGGGAGAAGAUCAAGGAUGACCUGUACGAGUCGUCUUCUAUCGCGAAGAUGCAUCUCGGGUACAUCGACAACGGGCACGUCAGCACCUACUACCCAGACUCUCCGGACAUCACACGUGAGGAGAUCGAAUACGUCUCAGACUUUCUCAAGGAUCAAGGGCUCAUGCCAGAGAAUACUAGACUACGUAAGACUCGGUCGGGAGACUUUGAGCUCUUGAUUGCGUCUGCAGUGACAGAGCCGGCUACCAAGGAUCUCAAAGAUUCUCAGUGGACUCUUAAAGGUCCAGUGGCGGGCAAGAAGCUGUCGCUGGUGUAUGGAGAUCACAAGGUGGAGAUGGGCAAGAUUGCUCGCAACCUCGAAGAAGCGAAGAAACAUGCCCUCAACAAAGUAGAAGAUGCCAUGCAGGCCCAAUACGUCAAGUCGUUCCAUGACGGCUCGAUGUUUGCGCAUCUUGACUCCCAGAGAGAAUGGAUCAAAGACAGGGGCCCAAUGGUCGAGUGCAACAUUGGCUUCAUCGAGACUUACAGAGAUCCCCACGGCAUUCGUGGAGAAUGGGAGGGCUUCGCCGCCAUGAUCAACAAGGAACGCACGCAAGCUUUUGGAAAGCUGGUCGACUCUGCGCCCGCUCAGAUCCCUAAGCUUCCGUGGCCAGCGGACUUCGAAAAGGACAAGUUCUUGUCGCCGGACUUCACGUCGCUUGAGGUUCUUACGUUCGCUGGGUCGGGUAUUCCGGCUGGAAUAAACAUUCCAGUGAGUAUACCCACAAAAGUCUAACUUGGCCACAUCUGCUCUUGCUGAUAUGUAUAGAACUACGAUUCCGUGAGGCAGACUGAGGGCUUCAAGAAUGUCUCCCUUGGAAACGUCCUAAGUGCGAAUGCACCGAACGAGCCGACUCCAUUCAUCCGUGCUGAGGAUCAAGAAGUAUGGGACAAGUACAAGAACGAAGCAUUCGAGGUCCAGGUCGGUCUUCACGAACUCCUCGGUCAUGGCUGUGGAAAGCUGUUGCAGGAGACCGAACCUGGCAAGUACAACUUCGACCACAAAACCCCACCGAUGAACCCAGUGACCGGAAAGCCUGUCGCAACGUGGUACAAGCCGGGAGAGACUUGGGGUACUGUCUUUGGGGGAAUGGGUCCCUCGUUCGAGGAGUGCAGAGCCGAGUGCGUUGCGAUGAGCCUCUGCCCUGACUAUGGAAUCCUGUCGAUCUUUGGUUUCGGCGAUGGGAAAGAAGACAUCAACGGUGUUGCGGGUGACGUCUUGUAUACCAGCUAUCUUCAAAUGGCUCGCGCUGGAGUGGCAGCCCUGCAGUUCUGGGAUCCCAACUCACGGAACUGGGGACAAGCACACAUGAAGGCUCGCUACGCAAUCCUGCAAGUGUUCCUCGAAGCCGGGCCGGAGUUUUGCAAAUUGGACUACUCGAAGGACGACGUAUCGGAUAUUGUCAUCCGCUUGGAUCGAGACAAGAUCGAAUCCCAUGGGCGCCCUGCAGUGAACAGGUUCUUGCAGAAGCUCCAGGUCUUCAAGGCCACGGCAGACUUCGAGGCGGGCAAGGCGCUGUACGACAAGUAUACCAAUGUCGACGAGUGGUUUGCCACGAAGCUUCGACCCGAGGUUCUGCGGCAAGCCAAACCCAGGAAAGUGUUUGUGCAAGCCAACACAUUUCUGGAGGGAGACGAAGUGGUCCUGAAGGAGUACGAUGCCACUCCAGAGGGCAUGAUCCAGAGCUUCGUGGAGAGGGACUACAUUUGA